UAAAGGUCACAAGCAAGAUGGCGGCGAGCAAACGUGUUCUUUAUAUUGGUGGUCUUGCGGAAGAAGUGGAUGAAAAAGUGCUGCACGCUGCCUUCAUUCCUUUCGGCGACAUUAUAGAUAUUCAGAUCCCAUUAGAUUAUGAAACAGAGAAACACAGAGGUUUCGGCUUCAUCGAGUUUGAACUGGGAGAGGAUGCAGCAGCUGCUAUUGAUAACAUGAAUGAGUCGGAACUGUUUGGUAGAACCGUCAGGGUAAACAUUGCCAAACCUAUGAGAAUUAAAGAAGGCUCUUCUCGUCCAGUUUGGUCUGAUGAUGACUGGCUAAAGAAGUUCUCCGGGAAGACAGCAGAGGAGAACGAGGAGGCGGAGUCAGUUGCAGAAUCGGCCAAUACAAGCACACAAGAGGGUGAACCACCAGCAAAGAAAGGCAGAACUAACCCUCAGGUCUACAUGGACAUCAAGAUCGGCAACAAACCUGCAGGCAGACUGCGCUUCCUACUGCGAGCGGAUGUUGUGCCAAUGACAGCAGAAAACUUCCGUUGUUUGUGUACACAUGAGAAGGGCUUUGGAUUCAAAGGCAGCUGCUUCCAUAGAAUCAUCCCUCAGUUUAUGUGUCAGGGCGGAGAUUUCACCAAUCACAACGGCACUGGGGGCAAGUCCAUUUAUGGAGGCAAGUUUGAUGAUGAGAACUUUGUCCUUAAGCAUACUGAACCGGGUCAGUUGUCAAUGGCAAACUCAGGUGCCAAUAGUAACGGCUCUCAGUUCUUUAUCACAGUUGAUAAAACUGACUGGCUGGAUGGCAAACACGUAGUCUUUGGAGAGCUCAUAGAGGGGAUGGAUGUACUCCGGGCCAUGGAGGCUCAGGGAACAAAAGAAGGAAAACCUAAACAGAAAAUCAUUAUCUCUAACUGUGGAGAGUAUGUGUGAGAUGGUUUUGAGAUUGUGGAAAAACUGUAUAUUUUUUUCAUAACUAAUUUGUAAAUAUCCAAAUAAAACUUUUAUAGAAAACUA